UCCAGCAACAGUCGUUGGCGGGUUGUUUGGUCAAUAGCAGUUCUCUUUAUCCCUCUCUACACAAACACUCACUCACAACCACACACCAUUUCCAUGAGCGAUCAGGAGUAUAUAUAUUUCGUAUUGGAAUGAUGAAGGUUUUCAAAUGUGAAGGUUCCCUGAUUCUUCCAAAAGCUUUUCAUUACCAGGAAUCACGUAAUCGAUUUUAUUCCAGGAGGAGAUUAAGAAUUAUUUCCAAUAGCAGUAAUGAGAAUUUUGACUCUAAUGUCAAAAAGGCUAAAUUAUCUGCUAGGAAGAAGGAUAGAGUCAAUAUUCCAAGCUACAACGACCUACAUGGAAGAGGGAAAAAAAUAUAUCCAAUUAGAGAAUUUCUAAGCCAUCCAUCUGGAAUCGAAGCACUUCUAAAUACUCAAGCCCUGCAAAAAUUUGAACAACUCGAUCUUACCACUUACAGGUGUACUUUGCCACAACUGAAUUUGCUAAACUUCGAGGUCUCUCCUGUGAUAGAUUUGCGUGUGACCCCAACAACUGAAGAUUGCAUGGUGGAGUUGUUAUGUUGCAAGUUUGAGGGUUCUGAAGUCGUGACACAACAAAAUGAGCAUUUUUCAGCGGAGAUGACAAAUUACAUAACUUGGUGCACAAAGAACUCUGAACCAUAUCUGGAUGUUGACGUGACGCUGGAUCUCACUCUUGAGAUAUACACCCAACCAUUUACCAUGCUGCCAACAUCUGCUGUAGAGGUUCCAGGCAGCUUAAUGAUGCAAGCUUUAGUAGACAGACUUGUACCCUUGUUACUCCAACAGUUGAUACAAGAUUACGGCAGAUGGCUGCUAACACAGAAUCCAGAAUCCAACUUCAUCACGUCAAAUUCAGCAUAACUACUGUUUUCUCAUAAGAUAUGUGUACAUUCAAUUUACAAAACUCAUUAACAAUUUUUGUUUUAAAAAAAGUUAAAGACAUGUAGUUAUAGCCUUGGCAUGAAAAUGAAAAAUCUCAUAUGGAAACCAAAAGGCUGCUAACAUUGUAAUGUAGGUGAGCUUACUGACCAAUCGCACAAAAUAUAUGUGAUUGGCUAAUUAGCCACCAAAACUGUAAUUAUAAGUCAGAAAUGAUUAUAAGAUAUGUAGUUAAUAGA